GCCUGCGCGCGCCGCCAUGAAGAUCACGCGGCAGAAACACGCCAAGAAGAACAUGGGCUUCUACAAGCACAACUUCCACUUCCGCGAGCCCUUCCAGGUGCUGCUCGACGGCACCUUCUGCCAGGCCGCGCUGCGCAACAAGAUCCAGAUCCGGGAGCAGCUGCCCGGCUACCUCGAUGGCGCCACGCACCUCUGCACCACCCGGUGUGUUCUAAAAGAAUUGGAAUCUUUGGGGAAAGCACUGUAUGGUGCAAAAUUAAUUGCCCAAAGGUUUCAAGUUCGAAACUGUUCUCACCUCAAGAAUCCUGUGAGUGGUUCGGCCUGUUUACUUUCCAUGAUUGAGGAAGGCAAUCCUCAUCACUACUUUAUUGCUACGCAGGACCAGGAUUUAGCAAACAAAGUGAAAAAGAAGCCUGGUGUUCCUCUCCUCUUUAUUAUUCAGAACACUAUGGUGCUAGACAAACCUUCUCCUAAAUCUUUGGCAUUUGUUCAGCUGUUACAGACAAAUCAACUUGUCCCAGAGCACCAAAAACAAAGUAUUGUGCAACUUAAAGAAAAAGAAGGUCUAACAAGGCAGGAAGGUGAAAAGAGAAGAAAACGUAAAARGGCAGGUGGCCCCAAUCCUCUCAGCUGUCUGAAGAAGAAAAAGAAAACACAGCAGAGCCAAGAGCCCUCUGCUGAAAAGAAGAAAAGAAAAAGAAAGCGAAAUAGGGUUAAAAAGGAAGUCACACAGUCAGUGCAGAAGAAAGAAGAAGAGUAAAUUUGUCUUUGUAGUCAGUACUGGACUUGAAAAACACUGUUAAAAUUUUGAAAAAAAAAAAAA